GUCUGUAAUUUAUGUCUCUCACGUGGGCGCUGCCACGAAAGACAUGCGCGAGUGACGAGGACGUCGUCUCAUCUCAUCAUCAUAUAUAGAUAAACCAAGUCUCUUCAAUUCUCGUGAACACCGUUACUCGCGCUGCCCAGCAUCUCCCUAUUCAAUUCUAGUAAAGGAAUUCCAGAACCAAAAACGAAGAAACAAGCAGCGUGUAGUAGUUGGACUGUGAAAUUAAGACUCGGAAAACGGAGUGUGGAAAGAAAGCAGUGAUAUUUAUUUAUUUAUUUUUCUUUUUUUUCAAAAAUACGGGACUUGCAGAAUUUGAGAGAUGUCAUUGACUUGUAGAAUAGAAUUGGCCGUAGCAGUAGCAGUUGUUAUUUGCACGUGUGCGUGUGGGUUGAAAAUCGACUUUUCCAGACUAUCACAUCACAGACGUUCAUAUAUACCACAGAAAAGAGGAUCAGAAUGUACAGGUAACCCAUGUCCCGCCGAUAAACCAUUUUUAUGUAAAUCAUCACCUACAUGUAUUGCUCUCAAAUAUGUUUGUGAUAACACAUUCGACUGUGAAGAUGGUUUUGAUGAAGAAAAAGCUCUUUGUACAGCAGCAUCAAGACCGUCAGUUGAACAGUUAUUCAAUUUCCUAACAGCUGAAGAACAGUGGAUUAUUCCCAAAUUAUUUGGUGGUGUUGAACCUGAAUUUGCUGCCCAUGGUUUAGCUGUUGCCAGUGAUAUUGAUGAUUUGAGCAUGACUCUCGGACUCACGCCUGAAAAUGUUAAGAACCUGCAUAAAGCAUUCCAAGCUGCAAUGGAAGGAGAUGAGCGACCUUUAUUGGCGAUGAACAUGCCCGAGCGCUCUUGGCACGAAGUACAGUACAUGCUUCAACAGCUACUGGACAGCGGCUUCAAGCUCUGAGAUCACGCGGUACGUGUUGGCUGUAAAAGCUGUGGAUAGAACCAUUAAUCCCACUAGAAUUCCUGCUUUCAUCUAAAUGUAAAACUCCACUAGAAAUCAUCGUUUCUGUUUUAACAAGAAGUUCAGAGUAAAUACUCUCUCCGUUCCAGUCCAGUUCGACAACAUUCAACGAUUAGUAUUAUUUUUUUUUCGUUUCUCGUGUACUUAAGGGACUAUUGGCCUCGCGCCUAUACAAUGACGUCAUGUGAUAGAUGUUGAAGUAGAAUUUAAGCCCUUUCAGAUGCUGCUGUUUGUAAUACUUGUAGUUUCAAAUUAAAUCUUCUUAAUAGCAUAUUGUUUCAUAUAGUAUCUCAAUUAUUCUUUGUCUCAAUUGUAUUACUACGAGUUAUUUUCAUAUCAUAUUGAUUGAAGGUUUUUAAACUGUAUUAACCGUCACUAUUUACUUUAUACGAAGUUCAUAUCGUUCAAAUAGAAUCUUAAGUGUUAUAUUGGCAAUAUCCCGUUCUUUUUACAUUUAAAACUGUUUCCUAGGUGAAAUGAAACAAAAUAAAGAAUUCGGUGUCCUUCAUUCUUCCCAAUAAUAGCCUACGCUUUCGCUUUUGAAGGACAUAACACGCAAUUAGCAAGAAAAUGAAAUUGGGCGAUAAUUCAUUCACACAAGCAAAAGUUACGUCACGCCCGAUGACGUCAAGGUGCUAAAUUUGGCCCAGUAUUGCUGCGAUGGAAGAGAAUUAGCAACAGGGAACAAUUAAUUAUUAAAAGUAAUGUCAAAACAAAAUCCUAUGUAACACUUAUAGUUUCUGGCUAUUUUUACAAGAUAUUUUUGGUGUGUAUGUCAUAUUAUGUAGAUCCUUUUAUGUAAGUUAUUUUUCGGGUUUGGUUUUCUCUUUUAGUAAGUUAUUUCAUAUACCCUAAAAUCAAUAAACUAACGGUUUUCCUUAAUGGCGUUCUCAAGGAGGUAUGUGUCAAUGUAUGUGAUAUAUUAUAUAUAAAUAUAAAUAAAUAUAAAUAUGAUAAUUAUUUAUUUCAAAAUCGAGAAUCAAUUGUUUUAACCCUCAUAGUACCUUCUGACUGUACAUUCAUCAUGACAAAUUAUAAUAAACAUAACAUAGUUUCUUAAUAGCAAGACUUCUUUUGCAUUCUGGAUAAAAAGGGGAGAAUCAGUGUAAAAAAUGAAAUAAAGGAAUUAAACCAAC